AUGGCGGGCGCUACUCUCUUCGUCGGAAGCGAAGGGAAUGUAACUGCUCGACGGGACCUCCCUCCAGUCACAGCACGAGACGGCGAACUUCUCAUCGACGUACUCUAUUCGGGAGUCAACCCUGCGGAUCUCAAGAUAGUACACUUCAUUAACUUCCGGAACUCUGUUCCAGGAACCGACUUCUGCGGAAAGAUUGUGGAAUGCCCUGCCCUUGCCGGCUCUGGAUUCAAAGUCGGCGACAUUGUUGCCGGCCAGACCGUUCCCCACGGAGACCACUUCAACGGGUACGGAGCUCACAAGCCGCGCAUCUCUACGGCGCAGGCUGACCUUUUCAAAGUGCCUGCGGGCAUGGCCUAUUCCGACGCCGCAGCCAUAACCACCGUCACUCAGACUGCUAGCGACGCAUUGUACAACAACUUCAAACUUCCUCUCCCAGGAAAUAUCCAUGACGUUGUAGAGGGUACGCUGGUCAUUUGGGGCGGAGGUACGGCUGUCGGCGUGUCGGCCAUCCAGCUGGCUCGUGCCAGCGGUGUGACCAACAUCAUCACUACGGCAUCCCCUUCCCGCCAUAAUCUUCUACGAGACCUUGGCGCAACGGAAUGCUUCGACUAUAGGGACGCCGACGUCGCAGAAAAAGUGAAACAAUCAGUCAUCAAGGCAGGCCAUUCCCGGGUCUGGGGGUUUGAAACCGCGGGUUCGCCCGAGUCUUGCCAGCUACUCCUCGAUGCCUUGUCCGUAAUCCCGGGUGACAUACAUUUUUCCUGGGUCAACGCCACGAGCGUGCGGCGUCCGUCAAGCGAGUCGGUUCUCGGAUCCCGAGGCUACGAAAUUGUCUUUGAGGUUCCCAGCGGUCGCCGCGUCAUUCCUGCAGAACCUGAAAAGGCUGUUCAAAUGUGGGAUGCUCUCCGGUGGGCAGUGUCGAAUUAUGAGAAGGGAUUCAAGCUGCCCGUUGUGCGUGUUUUUGAGGGUACGGGAGAAGAGGCGCUCGGAGAGAUGGAAACGGUGUCCAAGCAGGGAUCUUUUGGGAAGCUGGUGCUGAAGCAUCCUCUCCAGUGA